AUGCGCUUUUCUGUGCUCCUCUUCACUCUUUGCCCGGUAGUCUUCGGCAACACCUUGGAAAUCAUGGACGUGGGUGGCGUAUGCUAUAUCUACUCAAACAGCACGCGGGGCUGCACGGGAUCCUCGGAGGCUAUUGCAUUGUUAAAUGGUAAUUCUUGCUCCAAUCUCAGCACGAUAGGGCACAACAAGCGUACCGAGACAAACGCAGUCAAUGUGACCGUCUGUGGCCCUCACCGACAAGCUGGUCAGGAGCUUGCUUGGAUCACAGCUGACAAGAGCGGUCUCCUCACGUUUCAAAACAUUGGAGGUGACACGGCAAACUGUACGAUCGGUAAAGAGUUCAAGGUGGGGACUUCCUGCUCUGCCCUCAAUGGUAGUGCGAUUGAUACAGCCACUGAAAAGCCUGCGCCCAUCUCGUCUGCCAAGGCUAUAGCUGUUGCCUCCUCAAGCGUGAACCCAACGCCACCUAAGCCCGCCUCGAUGGACUGCUAA